AUGACUUUUUAUUUUGUUAAAAACUCCAUCAUCACUAGAAUUACAUCUAAGUACAGCAAAAAUUUCUAUUUUAUGGUUUAUGGCUGCGAAAAUAUCACAUUUGAUGGCGUCAAAGUUACUGCUCCUGCUGAUUGUGUGUCAUUUGGUGAUGGUAGCAGAAAAUUACUUGUCCAAAAUGUGAAUUCUGGAUCAGAUACUGAUAAUGGAGUGAGGAUAAAAACUUGGCUAUUUGGACAAGGAACACUUACUAUUACUGAUAUACGUUUUGAAGAUAUUACCAUGAGUAGUGUUAGGAACCCUAUCAUCAUUGACCAUGAGUAUUGUCCAUGGAACCAGUGCAACAAAAUGAAUCCAUCCAAAAUUAAGAUAAGAAAAGAUAUAUUCAAGAACAUUAAGGUAACUACAAAAGCAGAAGAGGGAGUGGUUCUUAUAUGCAGCAGUGGUGUUCUAUGUGAUGGUGUCGAGUUAAGUAAUAUUGAUCUCAAGUUUAAUGGAAAACCAGCAAAAGCUGUAUGUUCGAAUGUCAAACCUAAUGUUUCAGGAAAUGCUCCUAAAUGUGAAGCUUAUUAUCCACCUCCCUCCGGCUGA